CCCUGUGCACCCGAGUCAGCGUGCUGUCCCUCAUUGCCGAAAUUUUUAUCGCGCGCUCAUUGAGCACAAGCUACGAGCUCGAGAUAAUGAGCAGGACGCGUGAUGCAUUCAUUGUGCCGGCUUGUGGCAACUGUGCCCCAAUUAUUUGGUUGUCGCAUAUUCUACCUUUGUUAUGCAAAUGUGGCGACAUAAAUAGCAUUGAUUUGGUUCUAGGUAAGUUAUCGGAACAUUCGCUAGAGCAUCCACACUCGAAUGGUUUUCGGAUAUUGAGAAAUUGCUUUGUGGUUGUGGUUGUGGAUGCAGUGCAGACGCACUACCACCUCAUAUUCUUUGCAACUUUACAUUCCUUGUUUCCUCACAUCAAUCAUGAAUUCGUUCAAGAAAAUAUUCCAAAAGUUGAACGAUGACCAGAAGAUGUCACUUAAGCACUCUAAAUCGAUGCCAUAUGAAUUCUCUUCAGAAGGGAGGAAGUGCGAGCCUCGUAACGAUGCGUUCAAACCCGCGCACGGUGGCAAGACUCCCCUUAAAAAGUCCGACAUCGUGUACGUCGAGCAAGCUCCAGGGAUGCUCGAGAUCUACCACGGCAAACUAUCGCAACACGUAUACUACCAUGGGCUGACUCGCGCAAACGUUGAGACGCAUGCGGACUUGCUGGCCAAGUUUCCCUAUUCCCCUCAACCAACUGAGGGCCUCCCUCGCACCGGUUUCAGAGCACUUUCUUUGAAAGCCACUGUUGAUCAAGCUUCGGUGGAUGCACUACGGACUCCUAACAACCAUAUUCGCAGUGGCAGACUGGCAGAACGCGUUCGCGCCAAGUCGAGCACUGAUCGCUCGAAUAUCCCUCCUCCCCUCGCUCCCGCUCCCCCUCUUCCUACCACCCGCGCCCUACACACAUUAGUCCCGGGCUCCCCAAGUGUAAAUAUUCGGGAAGUUCCAUCCCAUGUCGCCGUCCCGACUCCUGCGCCAGCCUAUCCACGGUCAUACUGGCCUUACUCCCAAUAUGAUGAUAUUUCGCAUGAGCAAGACCCGACCGUUCUCCGUGGAAUGAUCAAUGGUUAUCCCUUGGCGCCUAUUUGCAAGGAACGCUGCCCAGACCAUAUGCGCCCCAUGCAUCUUGACAUGGACGAGCCGCGCUCUCCCGAGAAGACACUUCAAUGGUACAUACACAUGGCAUUGGCCGAACGUCGUCCCCUCGAUGUACGCGCUGGUAGCCGUUACCGCCGUAUCGUUGACGUGAGUAACAUGGGCAUCGUUUAAACUGAUUGGUCGCAGCUUUUAUCGAGAUGGAGGUUACUUUCUGAAGAGAGUUUUGGUGCUGGUUUACCUACUCGUCUAUGUCGUAUGUUAUGUAUGCAUAUGCAUAUGGUUUAUGAAACGA